AUGGAAAGGACCAAUGACACAUCCACUACCGAUUUCAUCCUCUUGGGUCUCUUUCCUGGGUUCCAACAUAUCAGCCUCUUAGUCUACUUGAUCCUUGUGGUCUACCUCAUUGCCCUCACAGGGAACUCUGUCCUUAUUUUCUUGAUUUGGAUGGACAUCCGCCUUCACACACCAAUGUACUUCUUACUCAGUCAGCUCUCCCUCAUUGACUUAAUCUACAUCUCUAGCUCUGUUCCUAAAAUGAUCAUCAAUCAUUCCUUAGGAAAGCGCAGCAUCUCUCGGGUUGAAUGUGGAGUCCAGAUGUUCCUCUGCCUGACUCUUGGUGGUGCUGAGUGUCUUCUCUUAACUCUUAUGUCCUAUGACCGAUUUGUGGCUGUUUGCAAUCCGCUGCGUUAUUCAAUAAUCAUGAGCCCUAAGGUUUGCUUACUAAUGACGGUGGUAUCAUGGGCUGGAGGUGCCCUAAAUGCUCUCAUUCAAACCAUCUACACCAUGCAUUUUCCUGUCUGUGGACUAAAGGAGAUUAACCACUUCUUCUGUGAGAUGCCAGCCAUCCUGAAGUUAUCCUGUGAGGACACUCUGAAUUAUGAGAUGUUUGUGUCUGUGGUAAGUACUGCACUUAUCCUCAUCCCCUUUAGCCUUAUAAUGAUCUCCUACAUUCGUAUCUUCCUCGCCGUACUCAGAAUGAACACACCUGAGGGAAGAAAAAAAGCCUUGGCCACUUGCUCUUCCCAUUUGACCGUGGUGAGUCUCUUCUUGGGUCCAGGUGUAGUAGUCUACAUCACACCUGGCUCCUCCCACACACCAGAGAUGGACCAAGGUCUCUCUAUGUUCUACACCAUCCUGACCCCCAUGUUAAACCCACUAAUUUACAGUUUGAGAAACAAGGAAGUGGCACAAGCUAUGAAAAAGGUCAUGGGAAGAAAAUCUAUGUUAAAAUAG